ACGUAUGAUCUAGUUACAUCGUGUUACGACUGACGCCAAAUACCAGCACCACGGAAGGUAGGGUUUGCGGCUUGUUGCUGAGAAACCUUAAGCAGAGAGUUCAGCAUCCGUUGCAGUCACCAUGGGUCGUAUGCAUAGUCGAGGUAAGGGUAUUUCCGCUUCAGCUUUGCCGUAUAAGAGAACUCCGCCAAGUUGGCUCAAAGUUUCCGCUCAAGAUGUCGAUGAGAACAUUUGCAAGUUUGCGAAGAAGGGUCUGACUCCAUCGCAGAUUGGUGUCAUUCUUCGUGAUUCUCACGGUAUUGCUCAGGUCAAGAGCGUUACAGGGAACAAGAUCCUGCGUAUCCUCAAGGCUCACGGCCUUGCCCCUGAAAUUCCUGAGGAUUUAUAUCACCUUAUCAAGAAAGCUGUUGCAAUAAGGAAGCAUCUCGAGAGGAAUAGGAAGGAUAAGGAUUCUAAGUUUCGAUUGAUCCUUGUUGAGAGUAGAAUUCACAGGCUUGCUCGCUACUACAAGAAAACAAAGAAGCUUCCUCCUGUCUGGAAAUAUGAGUCUACCACUGCCAGCACUCUCGUGGCAUAGGAUACUUUUGAGCUUGGCAAAAUUUUGCGAGAUUUUGAGCAACAUGAGUACGUGCAAAUUGGAAUGAGCAAGUUGUUUGGGUCCUUGUUAUGAUUUAUUUGAGGGCUUGUUUAUGUUGGUUUGGAGGAGGGAGCUUAGGACUUUUUCACUCUUGAGAUAUAGAUAUAUAUGGUGAAGUUUUUAGUAUUGUGGUUGACUAUUGAAGUAAAUGUUGAAGCUUUGAUUUGAGCUUUAACAAUUGCAUCUUAAAAGUUAAAAGGUGAAACAUGCUCUCAACUGUGUUGGUUUGAAGUAUUUUAAACCCUCGAUAACUUGCAAUAUAUUUAUCUUAGCUAUUCGUGCA